AUGAUAGCCAAUGGAAGCUUCUUGCCGUCAAUGGAAGCCAAUGAGCGAAUAGGUGGAGUGGUAGGCGGGCACGCCGAGGAGGUUGACGUGUGCUUACUACUCUCCUGUGUUGAUGGGAUCAGUUGUGAAAGCAAAGAAAAAAGACGGUCAUGGAACGUGGAUUUUGUUCAGCAGGGUACCUCGGUGCAGGAAAUCCAAACCAGUCGCGAGAACCUCCUGAGGAUCAACUCUGCCAGGGAGCUGAUGCAGUGUUCCGCAGCCGUGGACGUGCUCUUCCUGCUGGACGGCUCGUACAGCGUGGGCAAGGCCAACUUUGAGCGGGGCAAGCAUUUCGCGCUCAAGCUCUGUCAAGUCCUAGACAUAAGGCCGGAUAAGGCACGUGUAGGAUUCAUCCAGUUUGGUUCCGUCCCUCGAUUGGAGUUUGCGCUGGAUUCCUACUCAACGAAAAGAGAGCUGAGGAUGCACUUGAAGAAGAUUUCUUACAGAGGCGGCAGCACCCAGACGGGCCUGGCACUCAAGUACCUGCUUUGGAAAGGUUUCCCGGGCGGGCGCGACAACUCCUCCACAGCGGCCCGCGUCGCCGUUCUCCUAUCGGAUGGGAUGUCACAAGGCGACGCCGUCCGGAUGGCGGCGCAGCUUAAAAAGGAAGGAGUCGUUUUGUUCUCCGUCGGCUUACGCUAUCCCAGGUGGGAAGAGCUUCACGCUUUGGCCAGCGAGCCGACGGACAGCCACGUUUUCUUCGCGGAACAUUUUGCUGACGCCGUCAACGGCUUGUAUACGACGCUCACCACAACCUCCAUUUGUAAUGACACGCCAGCAGGCUGCCAGGUGGAGGCGUUCCCGUGUGAGAGAAAGACAUUGGAGACUGUGAAGGAGCUGCAGGGGAAUUUCAUGUGUUGGAAAGGCUCCAAUGGUUUUUUCCCGCAGACGUCUGUCUGUCCAUACUACAGCUACAAGAAGGCUUACAAGAGGCACCCCAGCAUCUGCCAUCGGACCGUCUGUCCCGACCCGUGCGACUCAGAGCCGUGUCUGAACGGAGGAACAUGCGUCUCGGAAACUCAGCGGGACUACACUUGUAUUUGUCCGCCUGGUUAUGGAGGAGACCCUCACUGUGCGCCGGCUUUGUCUCUGGACUGCGCGGUGGACCUGCUUUUCCUUUUGGAGGGUUCGGACACACUCCCCCCAGAAAAUUUCCAGCAUCUCAAGUCUUUCCUGAAGCGCUUCCUAAAGACGGCGCUCGGUUCCGGCACACCCAGUAAAAUCGGCCUGGCCGUGUUUGGGCGGGAGGCUCAGGUGGAGGCUCGAGUGGGCGAGUUCAAAGGCGACCUGAAGGCUCUGCUGGAGGCGGCUGACACCCUGCGACCCGUGGGCGGUCCCGCACGAACGGGCCAGGCCUUGCGAUACGUCACGCGCAACGGCUUCGUCAACGCCGAUGUCACUGAUGACCUGCCGCGCGUGGUGGUGUUGCUGACUGGCACGCCCGCCGUCGACCAGCUUUCCGAGCCGUCCAAGUACGCUCGGGACCGGGAGAUCUUCCUAGUCGCCGUCGGACCGGACUCGACCAGGGGACAGCUGGAUAACAUUACGGGAAACCCUCAAAGGACCCUCACUUACGCCUCUCCUGAUAAGCUGGCGGGCAAAAUCCUUGAACUCAAGGCCAAGAUCUGCAGUGUGGAUACACAAGGUUGCCUAGGUCAAGCAGUGGACUUGGUGUUUGUCCUGGAUGCCUCUAGUGGCGUCGGACGCGCCAACUUUGCCGCCACGCGCGAUUUUGCUCGCAGCCUCACCGUCCAGUUUGACAUCAACCGCGACUUGGCCCAAGUGGCUCUGGUGACCUACGGCCGUCGCGCCGUCACAGUUUUUGAUCUCGCCACCCACCAGACGGGUUCCGACGUCCUGGAAGCGGCGACGCUGGCCGGUUACGCGGGCGGGAGGGCGUCGACGGGCGCCGCCUUGCUCCACGUCCGCUCGGACGUCCUCACGGCGGCUAAGGGGGCCCGUCCGGGUGUCGGCAAGGCCGUGGUGCUUCUGACCGACAGCUCUGGCGGCGACGACGCUCUGGUUCCGGCUCGGAGCUUGCGGGAGGACGGGGUGGCGCUGUUUGUCGUCGGCGUCGGGGACGUGCAGCGGGACGGCCUGUUGCGGGUGGCCGGCUCUGAGGAACGCCUCAUCUCGGUGCCGUUUUACGAGGACCUCAAGUACUUUGAGGAUGUGGUGGUGCAGAUGGUGUGCUCGGAAAUGAGAAAGCCCGUGGACGUUUGUAAACCCAACCCUUGCAUGAACGAGGGCAUGUGCGUCCUCUCUGGAGGAAGUUACAGUUGUCAGUGUCAUCAUGGCUUCCAAGGACCUCACUGUGAAACACGAAGAAGCGUCAGAUCUUCAUCUCGGCGAGAUCUCGGUUUGCGGAACAACCACAAAAGGCAGAAGAAGAGUCACCCGGAGUUCCUUCGUCGCUACAAAGUGCAUGGCAGCGGGAGGAACGCCAUCUGA